GUGAAAGUUAAGUUUCAGUUUCCUUUUCUGCUGCUCACUCCCGCUUUCCGGGGAAAUGCAGCUCCCCAGCCAAACCAGUGAGAUCCCCAGCUAGCAACCCGCCCUGCAUAAGAAGGGCAGCAUCGUCCGGGCGGCCACCGUCCAGCCUGCCCGGGCAGAACUCGGGUCUCUCCCAGAACCGGGCACGUCCACACCUUGGGAAGAAACCCGGGGCAGUGAAAGGAGCCGUCACCUCCCCUGGCCGGGCUGGGACUCAGCGGAGCGCAAUGAGCACCCUGCGUCUGAAGGAGAAGCUGCAGGCCCUCCAAUGCCACUUCACCUGGAACUUUGAAAUCAGAGACAAGGUAGAUGCAGCUCACCUCCUCCAAACUCUGGCUCUCAGGAUUGCCCACACUCACUACCAGAACCAGCCCACGCUCCUUGCCAUGCAGGCUUAUCUCUGCCACCUGCAAGGGCAAUAUGAAGACGCUCUGCAAAGCCUGAGAGAAGCCGAAGAGAUUCUGCAAAGAGAUCAUCCAGAUAACUUCCCCCGGCAGGUCCUGGUCAUUUAUGGAGACUACGCCUGGAUCUAUUAUCACUUGGCCCACUAUGAUUUGGUUGAGUUUUACCUGGACAAGGUUAGAAAGAUCUGCAGCUCCCUGAAGAGCCGCUCUCCACAUGCAGCUCAGAUCCCUGAGAUACAUGCACAGAAAGGCUGGUCUCUCCUGGCAGCAGGCUUCCGCAAUGGCAUUGAAGCCACAAAGUGUUUCCAAAUGGCAUUAAGAGAAGACGAAGCAAAUGGGGAAUUACUUGCUGGGUUGGCAAUUGCGGUCUUUGCAUCAUGGACUCACUCACACAAGCCUGUACAUCGGGAAGCAGCCAAAAAGAAGUUGGCUGCCAUUCUCCAUGAACAGCAGCAAAACUAUGAAGCUAAGGUGUAUUUAGCCAAGAUCCUUAAGAAGUGUGAUAGACAGCAAGCCGAAGCCCUCUUAGAAGAUGUUGUUCAGAAUAGCCUGGACCCUGAGGUCCUGAGACAUGCAGCCAAGUUCUUUCAACCAGAAAUCAUAGAAAAAGCAAUCUCUGUUCUAGAGCAAGCAAUCUCUCUGAACCCCAAUUAUCAUCUCCUUCACUAUGACCUUGGCGUCUGCUACAAGAAACAACUGGAGGAGGCCAAGUCAGGCAGAAGAGAAGAAAUAUUGGCAGCAGCCAUUGAGGCCUUCAAAAAGGCUGUGCAGAAAGAUCCAGCCUCUGUGUUUUCAAGGCUGGCUUUAGCUGAAAUGUAUGGAGAAAACACACCUCACUACCAAGAAGAGAUUUAUCUCAAUCUCCUGAGUGAAAUGCCCAGCCUCAGCAAGAAGUGUCAGCAGGCAGUCUACCUUCACUGGGGGGAUUUCCUCUUCUAUAAGCAGAAGUCAGUGUGGGAGGCAGCUAAGAUGUACAAAGCAGGUUUCACCAUUCCAGACAACUACCUGGAGAGGCAACAACUGAAAAGCAGGUUGGAAGAGGUGUCAGGAGAAUUCCAGCAGAGCUCCCAAACCACAGAGGCUGAGGCCAUACAUUACUUCAUUCAAGAGAAUGAAAGUCCGUGGUACAUGGGGAGAUCCACUGGUGGCAACAACAGAGCAGGAGACUGGAGAAGGAGAGAAAAUGUGGGAUCCUUUCCUUUCCCUUCCGUGGACACACCACGACCUCUUUCUUAACACCUAGAAGCCCAGACAUGGACCAGGACCCCGUUGCGUCUAGCCCCAAAGAGUCUACCAUCUGCAACAAGAGACAACAGGAGGGAACCAGCAGACAGACAGAGGAACACAAAGAGACAAUACUGGUCAGCAAAAUGACAGUGGUCUCAGCCCACCAGCUACCCAGCCGUUGUCAAGUGUUUUGUAAGUAUCACCGCAGAGGACAGUUUAGCUUCUGAUACUGAGCAGCUGUUUCUACUCAGAGGGGACAGUGCGACCAUCCUUGUCUCUAAGCAAACCUACCCUCCAGCUCUGCUGCCUUCUAACGUCCACGCAGCAAAUAAGUGUGGAGUUUCUUCUAACAGCGUUGAGUUUUUGUAUUUGCAUGGCUCAGUGCCUGUAGUGUGCCUAUAUCAUGAGUCCCAUCUUUGCUUUCAGCACCUCUCACUGACAAUGACUCACAUUGACAUGGCACCUUCAUCCCUGGCUUGUCACUGAUCUGCUAUGGUUUUAUUUCAUUCACAAUAAAAGUAACUGAGAAAACAGAAA